CAUCCUGCAGUGACUGCUGGGAAGAGGUGCAGUCGAGGGAGGGAGCAAUCUAAAGAGGUAAACAUCGCUGGAAAGCCAUCUUCCUCCAGAAAUAAUGGCUGAAAAUGAGAUCUCAGAAGACACUGACAAGCUGAAGCGGGGUCUGGUGAAGGUGCUAGAAUGUGUGGCCACCAUCUCCUCAGCAGCAGCGGUGGUCAAUCCCAUCUUCGGCGUGACUGGAUCUCUCCUUCAUGUGGUUCUGCACCACGUGAACGAUGAAGACAUUCAGAAACUCAAGCGAGAAUUCGGCAGCGUCAGUCGAGCUCUAGACGAAAUUUCACAGCAGAACCAGAAUGUGUUGCUUCAGAUCAGGAAGGAGACGGUGGACGGACUUUACUGUCGUGUAGAAGAAAACAUUCGCAAUCAAUUUAGCAAAUUUAUGGACACUGUGGAGGCGUCGUCAGGACAUGAACCGCGGAGGAAGGAGUUUGAAAUGAGCUUCGUGAUCAAUCAGUGUGACCAGAACCUGCACACGCUUUAUGGUGGAGUCAUGGGCGAAUCCAAGAUCUUCUGUCAGCCCAUAUUAGAGGUGUACAUGAAGCAUUCGCAGGGCGAUCGACGCAUCAUGGAAAACCUCUGCACGCGGCUCUCGUAUCUGUUCUGCAUCGGCCUUAUUGCAUUAAUGGGCUACGCCGGUAUCGUCGGGGAUGAUGAGGAAGCUCUACGCAUCGAGUGGGAGGAGAAAAUGAAAGAUGUGGCUAAGAAAAUGACAGAAGUGUUAAAGAGUUAAGAGGGAUUUGAGUUUUUAACCCAUUUUCUGUCUAAUUAUCCUAUGUUUUUUUAUAUUAUUAGAUUCUAGCUCCCACUAGACACCCACAUACUAUAUGUUUUAUGUGCAUAUUGGAAUAUCACAUAAAAUAUACUUAACCCUUGUGUACUGUUUAAAUUUACUACCAUUUGGUUAUGUUCAUGGCUGUUUUUUCCCAAUUGACUUCCAUUAUAAUCAACAGUAAACAUUACCAAUUUUACCUCUUCCCAACAAGGAAAACCCGCAACAAUCAAGAAAGCAAGAUUAUAGAGACAGUGCUCACUGCAGAGCCUCUUGGGCUCCAAUGAGGGGGAGCUUGAGCUCCAACUCCUCCUCCUAUAAGCUGUUUUAAUGCAUACACGCACCCCACAUCACUUGACAUCACUUGUAGAAGAAGUGCAAGGAAGGAGGAGCUGGAGCUCAAGCAUUCCUUUGCUGGAGCUCAGCUCUGCCCAAGUGGCUCUGCAGUAAGUAUCCCUUGAGAUUAUAUGGUGUCAUGACUUUGUAAUCAAAAAAUGUGGUUAUAAUGAAAGUCAAU